CAGAGCCGCGCAUGCGCAGUCGCCAUUGUGUGGGCUACAGAUUAGCCUAGCGCUGUCAACCUGACUUCCUUCGAGAAUAUAGUAAUUAACGAGCAGUCAGUUUGUGAUAUUAAGUCAAAGUUACGUUAAACUAGUGGUCAUCGCUGUAUGAGUGAUUAAGUGGCAGAUCGACGCGGAAGAAUGACGGACCAGAGGAGUGGAUAUCAGCAGUUGAAUAAUGAGCAGGAGUCAGCGGAGGUGUUUCAAGAAGCCGCGGAUGCGCCUCCACCGUACAGCAGCAUCACCGCGAGUAACGCAGCUUUCUUUGAGUACAAAGAAGAUGAGGUUUACCCCAAACCCCCCUCAUACAAUGUUGCCACGUCACUGCCGUCAUACGACGAGGCUGAGAGGAGCAAAGCAGAGACCACCGUUCCUCUAGUCGCCGACAGGGAUGAGGACUUCAUUGCCAGAGACAGCUUUGAUGAUACAGAUCAACUGCGGGUUGGGAACGAUGGGAUUUUCAUGCUUACGUUUUUCAUGGCGUUCCUCUUUAACUGGAUUGGCUUCUUCCUGUCCUUCUGUCUGACCUCGUCUGCGGCUGGACGCUAUGGGGCCAUCUCUGGGUUUGGACUGUCUCUGGUCAAAUGGGUCCUGAUUGUCAGGUAUUCUGCCUACUUCCCUGGAUAUUUUGAUGGCCAGUACUGGCUGUGGUGGGUUUUCCUUGUUGUAGGAUUCCUGCUGUUCUUCCGGGGAUUUGUUAACUAUUCCAGAGUUCGCAACAUGGCAGAUCAUUCCAUGUCUACCCUUCCUCGAACCCAAGUUCUUUUUUUCUAUUAGGUAAAUCGCAAGAAAUUAUUUCCUUUUUUUUUUAAUCUUUUUUUUUAGAUGAGGUGUGUGCAUUGCAUUUGGGGAAAAUCAACCUUUCAGUGAUGUAAAUGAUUGUGGACAUGAUAUUAAAAUGAAGGUGAAGCGUUUUCUCUCUUUUGAUUUUGUGAAAGAUUAAAAUCUCAGGAUAAUUGCAAAAUGAACAAAACGGCAAAAUCAAAGAGAGCCACGUACAGCUUUUUUGAAUCUUCAGGAUAUAAACAACAGCAGUGCAAAGAACACAUCUGCUUCAGACGCCCUUGCACUUCUCAGUUGUUUGCAUAAUGCAACUAAUUACAUUGGCUUUUUUUACUAAAGGAUCCGAGUUCCUCCAACCAUUUAUCAGUGCUUAAUUCAGUCGUACAGUAUACACUCAUUAUGCAAUUAGAAGCUUACAUGUGCAUGUGCUCCAGUUAUUGUAAAAUUCCCAGUCACAGUUUGUUUCUGUGGGUUUUCUCUUAAUUUGUGUGAAAGUUGUAAUUUUACUUUGUGGGUAAAUCUAGUAACUGAACUAUAUAUACAUUAUACGAGAAAAGAGAUAUUAAAUGUUAUAAACAUGCACUUUCAAGAUAUAAACAAGAACUAGAUGCACAGAGCGACUGCCAGGUCCUUGUAAAGCCAAAAGCAUAUUAAAAGUGUAUUAGAAAAUAUGUCGGCUUGUUUUAAAUUAGUCACCAAACGGACCAAAAUACUCUUAUUAUAUAAUAGGUUAGUUUAGAUUCAUAGCAGUUCAAUAUAAACAGCAAACUAAUUCAGCAUUAAAGCACUCCUGAAUAUGUAAUGCGCUUAAUCAAUCAGUGUGAAUAACAGAAUGUUUUAUGAUGCCAAAUGUAGCAGUAGAUGGUUCAUUGGUCUUUUUGUUUUUCUUGAAGACUUCAGUAUGGGAUAGUGCUUCACGAUGUGUCGUUUGUGAUUUGUAUGUUUUACACUUGUCGAGUAACUUUUAAUAAA